AUGGCUUCUGUCGCCACGCAGGAGACUGAGCAGCCGUUGUCCGAAGAAACGGCUCGGCGGAAGGAUUUGAUACUGCGCAACUUGCAGGUUUGCCUGGAAGCCAGGAGAAGCCUUCCAUGCUUGACAGGAAGCUCUGGGCGUGGACAAACUGACCAAGCAGCUGUCAACAGAAGGAAAAGUGCCGCAUGUGUACUGGGGAACGGCGACGACCGGCCGACCUCACGUCGGAUACCUGGUUCCCAUGCGAAAAAUCGCCGAUCUCUUGCAAUCAGGCCUUCGAGUAACUGAGCUCUAAUGUUUUUCGUGCAUCGGCUCCUACAGGUUACGAUUCUGUUUGCCGAUUUGCAUGCCUUCCUGGACAACAUGAAAAGCACCUGGGAACUCCUUGAAAACCGCGUCAUCUACUACGAAUACGUCAUCAAGGCGCUUCUACAAUCUCUCGAGGUGCCCAUCGACCGACUUCAUUUCGUCCGCGGCACCAGCUACCAACUCACCAAGUUCUGUCCGUUUCAUUUCGUCGACCAUUUCGCGCAUUGCAGGGAGUACACCAACGAUAUUUUGCGCCUUUGUGCCUUGGUUUCCCAGCGAGACGCUUUGAAGGCUGGUGCGGAGGUGGUGAAGCAGGUGGAUUCUCCGCUUCUCUCGGGUCUUCUCUAUCCGCUUCUGCAAGCACUCGACGAACAAUAUCUCAAGGUAACCAACAUAAAAAGGAAAAAAAAUUUCCUUUGAAUUUAUCAGGUUGACGGACAGUUUGGAGGUGUUGAUCAGCGUAAAAUCUUCAUUCUCGCUGAGGAGCAGCUACCAAAGUUGAAACUCGGCAAACGCUGGCACUUGAUGAAUCCGAUGGUACCGGGCUUGACGGGCUCAAAAAUGAGCAGGUGGACUUUCGCAAAGACAAAAAAACCGGUCGUUGUUCCAGCUCCGAAGAGGAUUCGAAGAUCGACGUCUUGGAUGAACCAGCGGCAGUGCGAGCGAAAAUCGCGGGCGCGUCUUGCCCUCGCGACCAGAGCGACAACGGAGUUUUGGCUUUUUUCAACUACGUCCUUUUCCCGAUUGUUUCGCCUGACGAAAUCGUAGUGGCGAACAAGUUCGUUUUUCCUGAUUCAUUGGGUUGAUGCAUCAUAGACUUUAUAAUUUUUUUUUUCCGAAUCGCACAACUAAUUUUUUUCUUUAUUUGUUUCAAGUUUUUUUUAUUCGUUGACAAAGUUAUUUGGAGCCUAUCAGUUUCUAUAGCUAUAAAGAACCUAAAAAGUCACUCAUUGAGUGUCUUUUUGAAGGUAGAAAACAACUGGCGGUUGUCUAAGGGCUGAUCUCACUUCUGUAUGAAAAUAUGGAAUAUUUAAUCCAAAAAGCUAAAAAAAAAAUUUGUUUUCCAAGCUUUCAACCGUCAAAACAAUCAGCCAAUCAUGAGUCAACCUUGUAAAUUUUUUUCCAAGUUUAUUUUUGUAAAAUAUAAAUUUGUUUAAGGAAGUUCGACGACUUUGCUUCCCUUCAAAAGGCUUUCACUGAUGGCGUUCUCAGUGAAGGCGACUUGAAGGAGAAGUUGUCUGACUUUUUGGUCGAACUGCUCGAAAAAGUUCGGAGCCGUUGCGACAACGACGCAGUCCGAGCCGCCAAGGAGAAGGGAUACCAAGUAGUUUCUCUGCUUCAGGAAGGAUAUCCAGCAAACACACUCUUUCAGAACGUCAUAAACGCAGCUACCAAGACGGAAGUUCCUCCACCCGUGAGCUUGACCGAAGAGAUGGAGGCAACUUUACGCAAGAUUCUCGGAGAAGACGUGGGUUUCUCGUGCUUCGGUCAUAACUCGAGGUUUGCAGGAAGCUGUCCCUGGAUGCGAAACGCUGCGGGCCGCCGUCGCCGCUCAGAAGCCCCUCAAAGUUCUGUUUGUGGUUCACGGCCGCGGGAACUUCCAUCUUGGUUUUGUCGGCGCGCUAUUGAAAAUCAAAGUUGACUGAGGGCGAAAAACAAUAACAUUCGGGAAAUUUUCCAGCAAAUUGUCAACGCGGGGAUUCCCGUCGAAGCGACGCUGCUUGUUUCGCCCAUUGAAGCUUUCCUUGAUAAUGAAAAGGUAUAGAGAUAGAUUCAUUUUUUCCUUUUUUUUUUUCCUACGAAAGUUAUGAGAAAAGCUUUACGGAGAGGGGCUUUGCAGGUGUCGUGGGCGGCUCAGCAGCCUAGAGCCGUUUACUAUGCCGAAAUGCUUCGAUCUUUCGUGAAGACAUUGGGACUCGAAAGUAGUGCCAAGGUGGUCAUCGCCAGCGACCUUCCCGGCUAUUUCGAUCGGUGAAUGUUUUUAUAUCUAUUGUGAAUAAGUCCAGUCUUCAAAUGGGAAGUUUUUUAUUAUCAAGCUUCUCUUGCAAUUUGAGGGUACUGUGGCGGGGAUCGUUGUGUCUUUAAGUGCACGUAAAAAUGAAACUUCUUUUCAAAAAGUUACUAAGGAAUUUCAUCCGCGGUAGUCCUCAAAAUAAAUUUUAAAAAAAGAUAAUUUAAAAAACUGACCUUUUCCUUGUUUUUGAUUCAAGUUAGUAUCCCUGAAAUCAAAAUAAAUUUUUGGUUAGAUAAAACGAGAAUCUUUUGUGUAUCCAGAUUAAAUCUUGUUCUCUACUGGCAAAAAGUUGAAAUCAUACGAGUACGAAAAAAAAAUCUUUUUUUUUAAAGUGCGCUAAUUUCUGUCAAAAUAAAACUUCUCACCUAAUGAAGAUAACUAGAAAAAAAUGAAAAUUCAGAAAUUUUGAUACAGGGUAAGUUUGAAUUUCAGAGGAUCAACUUUUUUAGAGAAAAGUUUGUUUCCUUUUGAAGCUUUUUCCGGAUCUUUUCAAAAAGGUUACCAAAAAAGAAUAAUUCAUGUGCAAAUUUAUCGAAACGAUCCAACUUUGUUCAGGGACUACGUUCUCGAUUUUUACAAAAUGGCCUCAGCCGUUACCCGAGACGAGGCUACAAUCUGCGAAGGUAUAUCAAGAUUCCGCCAUAGAGAGUCGUGAUUCUCACAGGAACAAGUUUGUCUGGAAGCCUGGUACCGCUCACCUACGCCUUGAACUUGCGACUCGUUCGUCCUGACGUCGUCUUGAUCGGCGACGACGCUGUCGUCUACGCCAAGCUCACGGAGAAAGUGAUUCUGGGGAGCUUGUAACCGAAACAAUUCGAUUUCUUGGCAGCUCCUUUCCUUCAUCGGCUCGCACACCUACACACACAUCGUCUUGCCCACGAUCCCCGGAUGCGACGGGGCUAAAAUGAGUUGUUCUCGCCGCGAUUUCCUUCUUGAUCCUUUGGAAACGCCCAAGCAGAUUAAAACAAAAAUAGCCAGGUUAUCACAACUUUGCCCAGUUCAUAGUAAAAAAGUGUUUCAUCACUAAAAUUUAUUUCUUAAUGUUUAUAAUUUUUGUGAUGUAUAAAAUAGGAAAUUAUAGUUCAAUGAGUAGUCGAUUGAAUUAAUUUAUCCAAAAGAAUGGUUUUUCGUAUCUUAAAAAGUGAUAAAAAAAAACUUUAGAAGUUUCUGUGAACCUGGAAACCUCGAAGGAAACGUCGCGAUGCAGCUGGCGAAAAUCGUCGUCUUCCCGUCUCUUGAAGGCCGAGGUACGGCUCAACUUCCAGAAAAGAGCGGAAAACCUGUUUCAGAACUCCUCAUCCCAAGAACUGCGGACAACGGUGGCGACGUCGUCGUCAAGGACUACAAAUCACUGGAGCACGAGUUCACGACAGGUUCGAAUCCUGCAUUCCCACUGCAUCCCGGAGACCUCAAAUCGGCCAUCGUUGGAGCCAUCAACGAGUUUGUCACAGCGAAGAAAUGCCUGUUUUGAACUUUGCGUUUCAGAAUUUUCAACGAAGUUCGGUCUGACUUCUCUACCAAAGCGAAGUUGGUAACAGAAGCAUUUCCGACCAUCAAAGGAGGAAAGAAAAAGUGA